AUGUCAGCACUCGGGCGUGCGCGGGGAUUCGGAGGAGGGAAACUGCCGCCGGCAGAGAGUGUGGCAUCGGCCAGCGAGGUCCGGAGCCAGCUGGCGGCCGUUGGCGACGCUCUCGCUGCCGCCCGCCACGCCGUGGUCUUUACGGGCGCAGGGCUGUCGACGGCUGCCGGGCUGGCGGACGUCUCUGGGCGGCGCGGACAUGCCAAUCGAGCGUAUGAGCGGAAGACUGCUCGCAAGCUCCGCCCAUCGGGGUACGAGCACCCGACCAUGGGCCACAUGGCCCUCGCCUCGCUGGUGGGCGCAGGCAUCGUCCGCCUCAUCGUCUCCACCAACGCUGAUGCCCUCCACGCAAAAUCGGGCGUGCCGGCUUCCAAGCUUGCCCUUCUCCGUGGGACGGCGACCGAUCUCGAGAUGGAGGCCUUUGCCAAGGCUGCGCCGGGUGCUACGGUGGCCGAGCGGGAGACGCUUGCCGGUCUCAUCGCCACCAAUCCGCGGCUCUCGCAGCUCCGCGUCGAGCUGGAGAACAAGGUCCUGUGCGUCGACGAAGUGGAGCGGACACUGGCACAUGUGGAUCGUGCGGAUGUGGUGGUGGUGGUUGGCUGCGGCAUUGCUGCCGCUGUCCACGAGCACCUCCUCGCCGGUUUUGACGGCGCGCUUUUCAUCAUUGGCCUCCAGGAGAGCGUGCUCGAUGACGCAGCUGACGACGUCAUCCGGUGCAACGCUGACACGGCGCUUGUCUCGCUGGUCGCCGCCCUCGAUGUGCCGCUCUCGCGGUACGUGGUCCGCAUGCCAGCGGUGGUCACCGCCACCCUCCUCCAGGAGAAGCCGCACGGCAAGACAGCGGGCAAGCGCCAUUGGCGAGUCUCGGUCUCGUCGGAGAUGCGCGGCCCGCUCGAUGUGGAGGAGGUGCUGUUUGAGGUUCCUCGCGGCAUGGAUGGUCCGCAGCAUGUGCUCGUCAAUGCAAAUCCGUUUGAGCUGGUGUGCAGUGGCAAGGGCCCGGCCGGCGAGGUGGUCGUCACCCUCUUCUUCCGGCGAUGCGAGGCCGAGGACUUCCCACCGUCGGCGUGA